CAUUCAGGGCCCUGUGAGUGCCCAGACAGGCGUGUCCUCACGGUGCAGGACCUUCCCAGCUCAGGGUGGGCUGUGGUGUGUCGGAGGGCUAGGGGACUGUGGGUCCUUCUGGAACUGCCCGCGCGUCCCCUCAGCCGGUCUGUGCCCGCAGCCGUGUUGGGUGUUCAGUCUGGCGGCGUGUGCGGCUCCUUCCUCUUCCGCCCAGUGACGUCUCAGCUCAUUUCCACGCCGCGAUCCCACGGCCUCAGUCAAUCCAGUGACCGUUCCGCGGCCUUUGCCUUCGUGGAGUCUUGGGCCAUGUUUGCCAGUCCCGUCCGCGACCUUCCGGCAGUUCCCGUCUGACAGGGGAUGGUGGCAUUUGAGGACGUGGCUGUGACCUUCCUUCCGGAGGAGUGGCAGAACCUGGGGGCCGCCCAGAGGACCCUGUACCGGGACGUGAUGCUGGAGACCUAUGGCAGCCUGGCGUCCCUGGGGCACUGCAUGGCCAAGCCUGAGGUGAUCGCCAGGUUGGAGCAGGGAGCAGAGCCGUGGGCUGUGGAGGAACCCCUUGCCACGAGCCCUCCAGCUCACAGGAGAACUUUCUGCCAGAACUCAGCCCUGAGUGUAUAUCAGAGAACUCAGACCACAGAGAAACCCUAUGAAUGUGAAGAGUGUAGGAAAACUUUCUCCAGCAAGUCAAACCUCAUUGUACACUACAAAACUCACACAGGCGAGAGACCCUACGAAUGUCAAGAGUGUGGGAAAGCUUUCGCUUCAAAAUCAGGUGUCAUGAGACAUAUGAGAACGCACACAGGAGAGAAACCUUACGAAUGUCAAGAAUGUGCGAAAACUUUCUCCUUGAAGUCAACCCUCAGCAGGCAUCAGAGGAUUCACACAGGAGAGAAACCCUAUGAAUGUCAAGAGUGUAGGAAGACUUUCCUCCUGAAGUCAGGCCUUACCAAACACCAACGAAUUCAUUUGGGAGAAGAGCCCUAUGAGUGCCAAGAGUGUGGGAAAACUUUCUCUGUGAAGUCAGCUCUCACUGAGCAUUACAGAACUCACACAGGAGAGCAGCCUUACGAAUGUCAAGAGUGUGCAAAAACUUUCUCCUUGAAAUCAACCCUCAGGAAACAUCAGAGUGUUCACAAUGGAGAGAACAUCUAUGAGUGUCAAGAGUGCAGGCAGAUUUUCUCCUCCGAGUCACUCCUGGUAAUACAUCAGAGAACUUGCAGAGGAGAGAAGCCCUACCAAUGUGAAGAGUGCAGGAAAGCUUUCUCAACGAAGCCAGCCCUCAUUGUGCAUUACAGAACUCACACGGGCGAGAGACCCUACGAAUGUCAAGAGUGUGGGAAGGCUUACACUUUAAAAUCAGGUGUCAUGAGACAUAUGAGAACGCACACAGGAGAGAAACCUUACGAAUGUCAAGAAUGUGCGAAAACUUUCUCCUUGAAGUCAACCCUCAGCAGGCAUCAGAGGAUUCACACAGGAGAGAAACCCUAUGAAUGUCAAGAGUGUAGGAAGACUUUCCGCCUGAAGUCAGGCCUUACCAAACAUCAAAGAAUUCACACAGGAGAGGAGCCCUAUGAGUGCCAAGAGUGUGGGAAAACUUUCUCUGUGAAGUCAGCUCUCACUGAGCAUUACAGAACUCACACAGGAGAGAAGCCUUAUGAAUGUCAAGAGUGUGCAAAAACUUUCUCCUUGAAAUCAACCCUCAGGAAACAUCAGAGAACUCACAAAGGAGAGAAAACCUAUGGGUGUCAAGAGUGUAGGCAGGUUUUCUCCUCCAGGUCACUCCUGAUAAUACAUCAGAGAACUUGCAUAGGAAAGAAACCCUAUGAAUGUGAAGAGUGCAGGAAAGCUUUCUCCCUCAAGGGAAACCUCAUUGUGCAUUACAGAACUCACACAGGAGAGAGACCCUUUGAAUGUCAAGAGUGUGGGAAAACUUUCUCCCUCAAGGCAACGCUGAUUGUGCAUUACAGAACUCACACUGGAGAGAAACCCUAUGAGUGUCAAGAGUGUGGGAAAACGUUCUCCAGCAAGUCAACCCUCAUUAUCCAUUACAGAACUCACACAGGAUACAAACCCUAUGAAUGUGAAGAGUGCAGGAAAGCUUUCUCCACGAAGUCAGGCCUCACUGGGCAUUACAGAACUCACAGGAGACAAACUAUGAACGUCGAGAGUGUGGGAAGGCUCUCUCCAAGUCAGGUGCCAGGGCACAUACUAGAACGCACACAAGAGAGAAACCUUAUGAGUGUCACAACUACGAAAACUUUCUCCUGGAAGUCCAGUUUUAGUGAUCAUUAAAGGGUUCACACAGGAGAGAAACCCUAUGAAUGUGAAGAGUACAGGAAAGCUUUCUCAAACAAGUCAACCCUCAUUGAGUGUUACAGACUCACACGGGAGAGGAACCCUAGGAAGGACAGGAAUUUGAGAAAACUUGCGCGUCAGAGUCAGGUGCCAAGGAGACAAGGGGGACAUCAGGGUAUCCACACAGGAGAGAAACCCUGUGAAUGUCAAGAGUGUCGGGAACCUUUCUUCUGGAUGUCAGCCCUCACCGCACAUCAGAGGACUCACACCAGAGAGAAGCUCUGUCACGCAUGUAGGGAAACUUUCUCUCUGUAAGUCGCAUCUCACUAUACAUGAGAGAACUCACACAAAAGUCCCACGAAUGUCAAGACUGUAGGGAAAGUUUCUCCCAGAAUCCAGCCUUCUCUAGUUCAGAGAACACAUACAGGAUAGAAAUAUUAUGAAUGUAAAGAGUGUAAACUGUCACAAAAGCUCUUUUUGAAAACAACAUAAAACAUCAAACAGGAAAGUAAUAACGUUUGGAAGAGACUGAAGCAUGUUUACCAGAACACAUUUUCAUUCUGUUGGGGAAAUCCCCUGCGUCCUGGCCUCCUCUUACUCUUGAGCUUUGAACAGGCGCUCAUGAACACAAGCAGUGAACAUUGUUUCCAGAAUGGGUCACUAAAGUUAAGUGAGUUCUUCCCAGAUCUUUUAUGCCCUGUGUUCCUACCUGCAAAUGAGCCUCCAUGGUUGGCUUUGGAGCCAUAAAGUGAAAAUGGCAUCGUGAUCGAGGGGCGUGUGGAGUUUCCCAAACUACCUCAACUGUCUCCAUUGGUCCUUUUUUUGACUGAGAAGUCUUUGCUGGAUUUUUGGUUUUUGUGGGGUUUUUUGAUGUGUUACCUGUUUACAACAUUGUCAGUCCACUGUAGCCAGUUCAGUUUUUGAAUUUGCCAUAUGUGUAAGUUACUAAUCCUUGUGUACAAAAUCACUAGAAAGAACUGGAUUGUCAUAAAAUCAAAGAAAUAACAGGCAGUGAAGAAUGGAACAAAUAUAAAAACACCUUUAUGAUACUGCUUAUUGAACAUUGAUAAAAAAUUAGUCUUUGACAUCCUGAACAUGUGGCUGUAGAAUAGGGGCUGCAAAUACGGGGUUUGGUAGCCUGAGAGAUACUGAGGAUGGUACUGACGAUGGUGCAGGUUGCAGGGUAAUCCUCUUCAUAGCUGGGGUUGGUAAUUAUGUUGUGGUUCUGUAAAGAUAUUUUCCUUGGGCCUCCCUGGUAGCGCAGCAGGUUGAGGGCAACACUGAAGCUGUCCACAGCUUCUGCAGCGUGGGUAAGAGUCCUGGCCAGCCGGCGAGAUACCCAUGUGGUGCGGCAGACCUCUCCUGUCUGGCCUGCUGCUCCCUUCAGCAGUGUGUUUCAGUGGGAUGCACCUCUUCUGCUCCCUGCUCUGUCUCCGGUGAACACUCUCACCCUCCUGCACUGUGGCCUGUACCCCAUUUCUUGUAUAAAUAAAUCUUUCCAAAAAAUAAAGAUAUUUUCCUUGUGUAUUUUGUAAUGUUUUCCUCCCAGCCUUUUCUGUUACAGGAAUACAGCAUGUACUGCAGAAACAUACAGAACGUGUGUGUUGAUUGUUGUCAGCCUCUUAAGGUGCCCCACCCAAUCACAAGUUCUGAUUGACCAUUUAGCACCCAUCAGCUCAUUUCUCGUACCUGAUUGGGCCGUUCUAUGACCCAGGAGGUACGUGUGAAAGGGAGAUUACGGUCCCUGAGCAACCCCAGCCAGAGCUGGCCUGGGCGGG